AUGUUUAAGGACGAGUCUUCCCAAUCUCAAGAGUCAUUUACAUACAAAUUUCUGACGCAACCCAAUUAUGAAACAAAGAUAUUUUCAGAACAAGACAAUCAAAAUUCCAAAGGUGUGGCUUUGAGCAAAGGGCAGUUACAAGAGGAGAAAACCAUAUCCAAAAAUGCAGUCGGACAGAAAAAAAUUCACUUCAGAAUCACAUUCAUAAUCACAGGUUCAGAAGUGAUGUUGACUUUUAACGGACUUGCGCUUAAUAAGCCACAUUCUUCAUUUAAGUCUUUCCGCAGACCUCGGCACCGACCGAAUCUCUGCACGCCAAUCUUCAAUGAGUCACUGAGUCACUUCACCACCCAACCCUUGCACGAGACCACUAAAAAUCUGUUGUGCUUACGACAUACUCUUGAAGUGAUGCUGUUAUAG